CGGUUCACUCCGCGGUGGACUCGCUGACCCCGCUGCCUCGGGCUCUGACUGCUCAGCGGCGCCAGGUGCUUAAGGAGACCGUUCGAACGCAUCCAAAAAAUUGUUCUACCAAAGCGAUCAUUCUGCCAUUUGUAACCAUAAUUUAGCUCCGAACGAAUUGUGUUUUCCCUUUCGUUUAAUCACGUCCCUGUCGCUUUAAAGCUUCAGACAAAACGACCCAUAUGAUUUUCCACCUCCAAUCAUCAUCACUCCCCCGGCCGAGAGUGCGAGCCCUUCUGCAUGCGGACAUGGCGAAAUCGGAUAGAUGUUUAAACAGAAGAGCGCAGUGUGGAUAUAAAUGACAGCUAUCUUCAUGAAAACGAAGCUGUGAAAUGCUAAGGAGAGGAGACCGUACUCCAUCGAGGCAGAGACCACUGAAUCACCAUGCUCAUAGUGGAGAAAACUGCUGAGCAUCCAUCUGCAGAGUUCUCCCUCGUUGAGGAUGUGGCCCUUCACUGCACCUUUUUAAUGGACAGGUUGAACAAGCAGCGUCUGUUUCAGCCAGAUCUAUGUGACGUAGACAUCGUCCUCCUGCAUCACCAGACUUCUUUCCAGGCCCAUAAGGGUGUACUAGCAGCCUACAGCCCCUUCUUUCACUCGCUGUUUGCGUCGAGUAAGGAGCUGCGGCGUGUGGAACUCUCUCUGGAGACCCUCAAGCCUCAAGGCCUGCAGCAGAUCCUCAACUUCAUCUACACCUCCAAGCUCCUGGUCUCCAGCUGCAAUGCCCAAGACGUGCUCAAGGCUGCCACGGUGCUCCAGAUGAGCAACAUCGCCAAUUCCUGCAGUGAGCUCAUUACUAGAGGCUCGCUGGACGUCAGUCCCAGUGUGGACCAAGCCAAACAGGAAGUCGGCGCUCAGAGCUGGAGCAACAGCAACUCGGUGAACUCCAACUUUCACAUGGAGAUCAAGCAAGAGAAGGACCCGACCUGUGCCAGGAUCCUUGGAGGGAAAAGUGAAGGGAACCCAUAUGCUGUUCAGGUUGGCGAUGGGCGUCCAGUGCAAGUAGAUGGUUGUAAAAUAGAAGGGAAGGAAAUGGAAAACCUGAAGGACUCUGAAGAUAUUGAUUCAUUUAAUAGAGAGCAAAUUAUUGUGGAGUUGAACCUGAACAACCAAACACUUAACGUGUCUAAAGGUUUAGAGGGAAACGCAGCAGCUCAGUCUCCCUCAGGACAACAGCUUCCUGGCAGAGGAAGACGGAGCGAUGAGACUGUUGAGGAAUCAAGAGACAAUGUGGCUUUGGAGGAGGAGGAAGAUGAAGGCGAGCAAAGUGAAGAUGAUGAUGUGAGACUUGAAGGCAGCAGUGAAGAGGAAGGAGAACACACAUUGCCUGCAUUCAUGUCUGAAAGAGCAGUACGACAAAGCCGGGCCCCUGCUGAUGCUGCAGCGAUGGUCUCCAGGAGAAACAGUGUGAGAGAGAAGCAUGAGACGGCUCAUGGAGGGAACAGUGAGGAGCUUCUGGACCAGUUUCAGAGGUACCCCAAGACAUUCAACAACCGCUGGUACCUGGAGAAACACAUGAACAUGUCUCAUAACCGCAUGCAUAUUUGUGACAAGUGUGGCAAACGCUUCCUUAUGGAGAGCGAGCUACUGCUGCAUCAGCAGAGCGACUGUGAGAAGAGCAUACAGUGUCUAACGUGUGGAAAAGCUUUCAGGAAGCUUUGGUCGCUCCAUGAGCACAAUAAGAUUGUUCAUGGCUUUGCUGAGAAGAAGUACACUUGUGAGAUCUGUGAGAAGAAAUUCUACACAAUGGCUCAUGUACGCAAGCACAUGGUUGCCCACACAAAAGAGAUGCCAUUUACCUGUGAGACAUGUGGCAAGUCAUUUAAAAGAAGCAUGUCACUGAAGGUCCACUCUCUCCAACAUUCAGGAGAGAAGCCUUUCCAGUGUGAGGUCUGCAGUGAGCGUUUUCAGUAUAAGUACCAACUGCGCUCUCACAUGAGCAUCCACAUCGGACACAAACAGUUUAUGUGUCAGUGGUGUGGGAAAGACUUCAAUAUGAAACAGUAUUUUGAUGAACACAUGAAGACACACACAGGAGAGAAACCAUACAUUUGUGAGAUCUGUGGGAAAAGCUUUACGAGUCGUCCCAAUAUGAAGCGGCACCGGCGUACGCACACGGGAGAAAAGCCUUACCCCUGUGAAGUGUGUGGCCAGCGCUUCCGCUUCUCCAACAUGCUGAAAGCUCACCGAGAGAAGUGUUCCCAGGUCAGGAACCCUCCCCUGCUGGACUCCUCCACUAUAACCAAUCAAACACAGGCUGCUGCAAACCAACAACUGCCGGUCGGGAUGGAAACACUGAGAGAUAUUAGGCCACAUCUGCAUGGCGUAGUCUCUUUAUCAUCAUCUGUGCUCCACUCAGUGGACGGGGGUCCGUCACAUUCUCAGCUGCGUUCUCUUACACCGCUCUACUCUACAGACUCCAGGAACCUGUAACUGCUGCUCUGUAUUAUACUUUUUGUGAUGCAGGGAUACUUUUUAUGUAGCAGAGAGUCUGAGAUAUCAUGUUAGUCUUACUUUGAUUUCACGUCAUAUUCUCUAAUAUCCCUUCCGUUCCCAUAUCAAAUCAGCCCUCUGUGCUUUAAUAAACCUAGUUAGGCAAAAAGUAUUAAGUAUGUAUGAUACUAAAACUAUUACCCACAUGUAGAAUGCAAAAUGUAAGACAUAUAUACUUUAUGUACAGUAUAUUAAGAGAAUAAUAAAUAGACAACAGAAUAUUUGGUUUAUAUAGCUUUCAAAUGCUUUAUGUAAAAAUUUGUUAAUUAGCACUAUUUGUGUUUGGGGUGAUGACCUGAUAUAUAUAUGCGUAGUCAGAGACUUAUUAGUAAGUAACGCAUUUCUUGUUUGUGGUGGAAAUGUGCAGGCAGGAGAUUCUGUUUCUCGCACUUUAGUGGCUUGUUGGUGUAAGGGGUUUCAUAAAUAUUUGUUUAGGCCUUACAUAUUGUCAUAGUUUUAUUAUUUCUGUUAGAAUUUUGUGUGUCAGAAGCACCUUAAAAAUCUAAUUCAACUGAUUCGCCAUCUUUGUCUAAAUUGUGAAUGACUACAGUUUGUAUGUUGUAUACAGAUGGACAUUUCUGGUUCAAGUAUACGGUUCAUUUGUUUUGUUAACAUUUUCAAAAACCUUGAUGGUUUGUGUUUUUGGUGAUGUUCAGAUUCAUGAAUGAGUUUAGGCUGAACGUGUAGGUCAGAAAAACAACAGCAACCAGUGUAUUAUAUAUUCUAUAUAAUAUAAAUCAUUUGUUCUCCAUUAUUUAGUGUUUAUCCACUUCUCACAGUCUCGUGCAGACUCUAGUGUUUGAUCUUCUAAAUGAAAAAUCUAUUUUUUAUUGUUUUUAACUGGUCUUUUUUGCACUUGUAGACAAGAAUCUUGACCUUUUCAGAUCUGUAAAUAUUUUUACACAGCAAUAUUUUUUAUGAAUUGGGUAUUGCAACCUUAUUUUAUUGCUGUAAUGUUUUCAUUUCUGUCUGUGUAAUUAUAUGAAUAUUUUGGUCUAUGCACAACAUUCCAAAUCCCGAGCGGUUUUCCGAUCUCUUUAUUGCAGAGUGUUUGUGUUCACAGCACUAGCUGUUUAUUAUUCAUGAUGAAAAAAUGACUCUGAAGCUCCAUCCAGGACCCAUCAUGAAAGUCAUGAUGUCAAGCAGCAUCAACAUGAAAAAAGAUGGCAUACAGAAUAGAAAAUCAAUUGUAUUCUUUCACCUUUACUUUUUUAUUUUCAUGUGACUUUGGAGGGUGUAUGACAAUAUUUGUGUUGACAUUAAUCACAAAUGAUCGUGUUGAGUUGUUCACAUUUUUUUAGCUUGGUCAUUGUCUACAGUAUAUUCAAUUAUUGUUCAGUCACUGCCAUUUAUUUCUCUUUUUUGAAUGUAAGAACAUUGUACUUGGUCAUAACUGCAAAAUGUUCAAUUGUAGUUGUCAUCUAAAAUAACAUAAUAGAAUUAUAGAAA